CGCGCGCCUCGGCCUCCCUCACCUGUGGGCCCUGCAGACGCCGCAGCAGCGCGUCCUCGCCUUCCUCAAGACCAGCUCCUCCAGGCACCGCUCCACGGCCCGCUUGUCCUUCUCCAGCGUCAGGCGGUUCCGCUGCCGGAGCCGUCUCCCCUCCGCCGCGACUGCCACCCAAGCGGCCGCUACCCGAGGCAGUGCCGGCGGUUUCCGCUGGGAUGAAAGAGCAGGCUUUCGGGCCGGCCCGGCCGGCCCCACUCCUGCUCUCGGGUCCGGUCUCAUUCCGCUUCUCCGUUUCAGCAGCAUCCUCAGGUUGGAGAAGGAACGCAGGCGCUCACGUGGAACAUCACUGCGCCUGCGCCGGGGCCCUGGCUUUCCGCUGUGGACGAAGCCGCGGGGUCGGGGGGAGCGGAAGGCGCCUGCGCAGUCCUUGAGCACGUGACCAGCACUCGCUUCCCUGCGUAACGCCCACUCCCCUCACGAGCCCCUCCCCGUGUGGGAGUUCCUCCGGCGGGACCAGUCUUCCAGGUGGAGGGGGAAGCGGCGUGACUGGAGUGGAAAAUUUUUCCUAGCACAACUUCGCAGCUGUAACUGAUUGAACGGAGCACGAUAAAGCCAGGGUAUAAACUGAGACGACAGGAUGAAACUUCUACUCUUCUUCCUGACCCCUUAACCACUCGACUUACACGAGCCCCAGUUGCCUUCUCCACCCCUGCGUCUUGGUACGGCCCUUGGAGUACGGAGCCUGCAGAGGGUCCCACGCUGGAAGACAGAUAGGAGGGUAAGUAGGGAAGUGGGCCAAUCGGGGCGCGGGUCACGGCGCAGGCGCGUUGGGGAGGGAGGGCUAUGCUAAUGUUGUUGAUAUCCUGGGGCCACCCGAGUUAAAGGGGGGAAAUCCGGGGGCUGCCGCAGCCGCCACCGGUCUGGGCCCAGCUGGGGCCCCCGUGUAGUCGCCGUAGUCCCAGGGAGAGGCGCCUGCCCCCAGCUCGGGGAGGGGGCGCCGCGAGCCCGGGGAGCACGGACAGCCCCUACCCAUGAGGCCCUGAUGGAAAACACAAAGGAUCUGAGUCGGAAGAGACAUUAGAGGUCACCCAAAGCGGCCGUCCCCUCUGCAGCCUCUCUGACAAGUGCUCUCGUGGAAGUUGCAGCCCCCUUGGGGUUUUGGUCUGAUGCAGGAGUUUACAGUUAAGCUCCUCACAGUAAAUAAAUGACUGAAAAUUCUUCACGAUCCAAAAGGAAAAGAAGAGACUCAUUCGGGAUGUUUGACGGUUAUGAUAGCUGCAGUGAGGACACAAGUAGCAGCUCCAGCUCUGAGGAGAGUGAAGAAGAAGUUGCUCCUUUACCUUCCAAUCUCCCAAUUAUCAAAAACAAUGGCCAAGUCUACACGUACCCAGAUGGUAAAUCUGGCAUGGCUACCUGUGAAAUGUGUGGGAUGGUUGGUGUACGAGAUGCUUUUUACUCUAAAACAAAGCGUUUCUGCAGUGUUUCAUGUUCAAGAAGUUAUUCGUCAAACUCCAAGAAGGCAAGCAUUUUGGCCAGACUUCAGGUAACGGGUAAGCCUCCAACAAAGAAAGCAAAAGUUCUUCAGAAACAACCUUUAGUUGCUAAACUAGCUGCAUAUGCUCAGUAUCAAGCUACCUUGCAAAACCAAGCAAAGACUAAAGCAGCAGCAGUCUCCAUGGAAGGUUUCAGCUGGGGUAACUACAUCAAUAGCAAUAGCUUUAUAGCAGCUCCAGUUACCUGCUUUAAACAUGCACCUAUGGGGACCUGCUGGGGUGAUAUCUCAGAAAAUGUGAGAGUAGAAGUUCCCAAUACAGACUGCAGCCUACCUACCAAAGUCUUCUGGAUUGCUGGGAUUGUAAAACUAGCAGGUUACAAUGCCCUUUUAAGAUAUGAAGGAUUUGAAAAUGACUCUGGUCUGGACUUCUGGUGCAAUAUAUGUGGUUCUGAUAUCCAUCCAGUUGGUUGGUGUGCAGCCAGUGGAAAACCUCUUGUCCCUCCUAGAACUAUUCAGCAUAAGUAUACAAACUGGAAAGCUUUUCUAGUGAAACGACUUACUGGUGCCAAAACACUUCCUCCUGAUUUCUCACAAAAGGUUUCAGAGAGCAUGCAGUAUCCUUUCAAACCUUGCAUGAGAGUAGAAGUGGUUGACAAGAGGCAUUUGUGUCGAACACGAGUGGCGGUGGUGGAAAGUGUAAUUGGAGGAAGACUAAGACUAGUGUAUGAAGAGAGUGAAGAUAGAACAGAUGACUUUUGGUGCCAUAUGCACAGCCCGUUAAUCCAUCAUAUCGGCUGGUCUCGAAGCAUAGGCCAUCGAUUCAAAAGAUCUGAUAUUACAAAGAAACAGGAUGGACAUUUUGAUACACCACCACAUUUAUUUGCUAAGGUGAAAGAAGUAGACCAGAGUGGGGAAUGGUUCAAAGAAGGAAUGAAAUUGGAAGCUAUAGACCCAUUAAAUCUUUCCACAAUAUGUGUUGCAACCAUUAGAAAGGUGCUGGCUGAUGGAUUCCUGAUGAUUGGGAUCGAUGGCUCAGAAGCAGCAGAUGGAUCUGACUGGUUCUGUUAUCAUGCAACCUCCCCUUCUAUUUUCCCUGUUGGUUUCUGUGAAAUUAACAUGAUUGAACUUACUCCACCCAGAGGUUAUACAAAACUUCCUUUUAAAUGGUUUGACUACCUCAGGGAAACUGGCUCCAUUGCAGCACCAGUAAAACUAUUUAAUAAGGAUGUUCCAAAUCACGGAUUUCGUGUAGGAAUGAAGUUAGAAGCAGUAGAUCUCAUGGAGCCACGAUUAAUAUGUGUAGCCACAGUAACUCGAAUUAUUCAUCGUCUCUUGAGGAUACAUUUUGAUGGAUGGGAAGAAGAGUAUGAUCAGUGGGUAGACUGUGAGUCCCCUGACCUCUAUCCUGUAGGGUGGUGUCAGUUAACUGGAUAUCAACUACAGCCUCCAGCAUCACAGUCAUCAAGAGAAAGCCAAUCAGGUUCAUCAAAACAGAAGAAAAAGGCUAAGUCCCAGCAAUACAAAGGACAUAAGAAAAAGAGGAAGAUGCCAGUUGAGAAGAAGCCUGUCAGUUUGUCGAGCCUGCCCAUGACAGGUGAGGUGCGGAGGAGCUUCUCUGGUGACGAAGAGUUGACUCCUCCUCCAUAUCGAACCCUUCCAGCACAGACAGCCCCGGAGGCCUUCCCACCUCCCCGCACUAGCCGAGAGUUCAGUCCCAGCCUCAAAACAGGUAAUCAGUCACGUCAGCACCUCAGGUACUGCAAGGGGCUCAAAGUCUGGGUUAGGGUGGUGGGAGACAAAGCAUGGUCUGGCAUGACAGAUGCUGAUUCAUUCAAUUUUUCUUUUUCUUUCAACUAAAAAAUUCAUUUUCACUAGUCCUUGGUAGUAGUCACUUCACUAAGAUGAAUCAUCAGGGGUGGAUUUUUAUUUUGUUAUAAACCACUUCUGAGCUUCAAAUUCAAGUAAAGCUAUAAUUUCGGUUUAUGGAAUUAUGAGAUAAUUUGUACUAUUUCGUGGUUUCAUUAAAAUGGUUGAACAUUCUGCAUUGCAGAAUUCUGUGUGACUUGAGCUGGGGGAGAAACAGGCCAGGAGUGAUCAAUCUGAUUAAUCAGAUCCAAAAAUGAGGCUUUGUUCGUAGCAUUCCAUAGUGUCUCAUUCAUUAGAAAGGAUAUGUUUUGUGUUCCUGUGUAAUGUUGGUUCUGGUAGUAGCAUUUACCAUAGUCUUAGUUGAAUAACAUGGACUUGGAAAUACAAGUAACUGUAUAAUUUUGGUGUUGAAUUUGAGUGAAAUUUGUUUCUAUAAUUUUAUGUUUACGUAUGUUCAGUUAUUAAGUAAAUAAGUUAUAUUUAAUUUGAAUUGGUUAGACCAAGCUGAUAGAGGGAAAGGAAGAUUGCCCUUUGUAAUUGCUAAGAACAAACAUGUUGUCAUUGAAUAUCAGAAAAGCUUUCCUUGCGUAUGAUGAAUUUUAAGCGUAAGUACAGAUCAAACAGCUUCAAAGCCAUAUAUAUUCUGCCAUAUUCUAACUAUUGCUUUUAAACUAAGAUUUAAAAAAUCUAAUUAGCAUUCUUUAGAAUGUCUUUUGUAUGUUGUAAAUCCCAAUGGAACUUAGUUCCUAGCUGUUUUCCUCUCAUUCCUCUAUUUGCUAAUAUUUUUCCCCUGAAGUUGUCAUCAACCUUUUUUUCCCCCAUUUUAAGAUGUGUCCUUUAGCUUUUGCCUUCUUAACAGUGUAUUAAGUGAUCUUGAUCCUUCCCAGUCUAUUUCUCUGAAGAUCACUCUCAUAUCUUUAUAUCUAAAGAAAAUAACUACCUCUUUUGUAUAAGAAAUACAUUAGGACUGCAAAUCCAAGUUUAUCUGCCCUGCGAUGGAGAUAACCUUCAAAGUGUAUCUAAAUAGCAUUUCAGCUUCUUCUCUUGUUUGCCUUUUUAACUUUUUCUUUUUGUAGUUGAUAUUAUGAAAGUUCUCUGUAACCUAAGUAAGUAUAAAUAUUGUGAGCUCUGAAUAUACUUGAAUUUUUUUUAAUUGUAGUUGUAUUUUUUUUAAGCAUUAGACUGAUUUUGAAGGCGUGUGUCAUGUUUUGAGAGAGAAUUUGACUUUUAGGAUUGGCAAAACCCAGGAACUUAAGAGUAGACGAACAGGGUGGAAACUACAAGGCCUCCUAAGUGACUUCCUUUUCCACUCGUGUCUGUUGUGUGUGUUUUCUGAGCAGGGGACACAACUUGUGGGACUUGGUGUGAUUUUACUCUGGCAAAUCUAUGCAGGGACUGCGUUGCUGUCUUAACUAUGUAAAAGUUACAGUUUGAUUAGCUUUUGAGAGAGUUUACUAUUUAUGGACUUCUAACUAGGAAAAUGUGAUUUCUGUCAACUUAUCUCCUGAAAUAUUAGUGAUUAGAAUCAGCAAAGUGACUUCCUUUUAAAAACAGAGCCAAGAAAAUGCAUUUAUAUAGAAAGUAACAUGCAGCCACAGGACCUAUUUAAUUUUAUCCAUCGUUCAUUAAGAAUAAGGCCUGUAAAGGAGAAAUGAUUAGUGUGAAGAUACCAGACAGGCUUUAUCUUAGGUUCCAUGAAAGCAAUGAAACUUUGCAUUAAAACAUUCCACAUCUGAGUGAGUGUUUCACCUUUCUCUUGAGUUACUUUUUUUUAAGCACAUUGUUUCCAUAUUUCAACAUGAGUAGAAGCAUAAUUCAGAAAUUUGUUGUUCAUAGUAAAUACAAAUAGUUUCAGGCUGUGCUAAUUUAGAAUCUCAACUUACUUUUCUUACAUUUAAAAACAAACAUCUGUUUGAGUGGAACAUGUUUGGUCUGGAAGCACAGUAAUUCUUUCCUCAUUCAUUUAGCCAUCUGAUCAUCAUACAACAGAUACUGUUUUAAUCAACCUUUUAUUGUGGGUACUGCACCUUUAAUGAAACUUGGAGUUUUUUCUGUUUCCAUGUGUGUAUUUUCACGGUAUUAUUCAAAUGUCUUUAACAAUUAAUGCAUGUUGGUUUGAUUUGAAGGAUAACCAUUAUAUGCUUGAUAUCCUCCAUAAAAGCUUUUUAUUAAGUAAUUUUUUAAAGAAAGCAAGCACAGUUAUGUUUGCUUUAUCUUUCAACAGUUUGGUGUUUGUUUUGCUAUUAUUAUAGGCUUAAUGUAUUCACUUUUCUGUGUUUGGGCUAUUAAUUUUUUUAACACCAUUACCAAAACAAGUACCAAAAUAAAAUGAAUUAGCAUAUCUCAAAAUUUUAUUCUUUAAAUUAUUAAAUAAGAUGUCAAAGGCCUUUUUUUAAAGAAAUUUUUAAUUGAGAUACUGGAGAUUGAACCCACGACCUUGUGCAUGCUAAGCAUGAGCUCUACCACUGAGCUAUACCCACUCCCAAGACCACUAUUUUUGAAACUAAUCUUUUGUAACUAAAAUCGAGAUGAAGUAUUUUUCUAUCACUAUUUGACUGUUAAAGUGUAGCCAUUUUAAUACUGUUCCACAUGGUGACACUGUCGAGUUAUUGCUCAUGAAAACUUAAUUGGCUUACUGCUCAUCUAAAUACUCUGAGUCUUAAUUCUUCUCAUAAACUGACAUUUUUUCUCAUAUGAGCAGUUCCCAAUUUACAUUCCAUAUAUAUCUUCUUCCUCUUGGUCCAAUUGUAAUGAAAAGAUCCAUAGUAAAGAAAAAUAAUUAUUUUCACCUUUCCUUUGGAACCAAUGCCUGCAGGAAGCAGACAAGUUGGUUGCUCAAUGAGUAACACAGCCAGUGUGAGUGAGAGUCACACAUCGUGAAGAGGGAGGUCUUAGCUACCCAGCCAGGGUGUGGCAGCCAGUCGGUUCCCACUAUAAUAGUCCUUCAAGAAUGCUAGUCUCUUGUUAACAAGUCUCCCUACUUUUCAGGGCUUUUUAUGAAAUCUCUUGUUGCAAAAUACUCAGUCAAGUUUAAAAGAACCACAGGGCCGAGGUGUGGGAGGGAAACGCAGAGUCUGUGACCUCUGAUUUAGUAGAUCUGUGUGCUUAAGAAAUUGAAGAAGAAGGUUAGCAUUACUCACCACAGGAUCCCAGUGAGUACGCGAGCAUAAAAGACCACUUGCUUUUGAGGGGAGGGGUAUAGCUCAAGUGGUAGAGCACAUACUUAGCACGCAAGAGGUCCUCCAAGCAGUGUUCAAUCCCCAGUGUCCUCCAAGCAGAAAUUAGUGAAUAAACCUAAUUACCUCCCCCUCAUCAAACAAUACAAAAGAGAUCACUUGAUCUUUAAAUUAUUUGAAACUUUACCAACUCGAUUUUGGUUAAACAAUAAUUUCUUAAGAAACCUAAACACAUUCUCUGAGAGUUGGCAGUUACUAAGACUAAUGUUUCAUACCUAGCUGAGAUCAUUUUCAUUUAGAAAGUAGGGAAGUAGUUCUUUUGAAGGGAGGAGUUUUAUAGGAAGUAGGGGGUGGGCUCCAGGGAAAGAACUUAUGGGCAAUCUGAAGUUACUAGCUAAUUGUGUUAAGGGACAGUAACUGAGAUUUAUAAAGAGAGGAAAAUCUCAGAAUUAAACAGCCUAAUUUUUUGUUAAGACCAGGGCUGGAACUAGCAAAGAAAGAAUUCCUUUCUUUUCUUGCUUGCCCAUGCAUUAGAAAAGAGCCCUCCUGUCACUACAAAUUCCAACUAGCAUGACUUCAGUGGAUACCAAGAAACCUAAACCCCGCUGAAAAUACUAGAAACUGAAAAACAGUUGUCUGUAAAAAUAAAGACUUACUGGAACGUGCCCUGAAUAAACUGAGGACUGCCUAUAUUGUCAUUUGUUUUCAUUUAAAAAGAAGUCAUCAGAUAAGAACUCAGACAGGCAGUACUACUGUUAUGUGAUCUUAUUGGUAAAGUUAGCCAUUUUAUACCAAUGAUUUUCACAUUGCUGAUGUCAAUCAAUUUUUAUUUUACCCCAAAUGAUUACUUAAGUUUUUCUUGAUUUUAAUUUUAAUAUAGGUGCUUAUCUAAUAUCAGAUUUAUUAUUUUUAUGAAUAUACAAAUUGUUUAUAUAUUUGCAUUGUAUUUAUAUUAUAAGUAAUAUAUUUAUGUUAUUUAUAAUACUAUUUUAAUAUCAGAUUUAUAUCUUUUUUUUCUGAAGAGUCUUUUAACAAAGGUACUCCUUGGAGAUAAUACAUUUAACACAUAUUUAUUAUGUUACUUAUCCUAGUUCAGAGCCAUCUAAGAAAUAAUGUCAUUGUAGACCUUGACAUAAAAGUGAAUACGUAAUCAGAAGAAAAAUUCUAAUUAUUCUAGUAAAAUUAGUGAUCACUAUUACCUUGAACAUUUCAUUGACGAGGCCCUUCAUUGACAAGGCCCAUUGUGCAGUGUUCAAUAUGCAGUAUUGUUCCUUUUCAGAACUUUGCUUAACUACUAAUCUACUUUGAAAAUUAGAGUUAAUUAAAUGCUCAUACUUCAGGGAGGGGGUAAUUUUAAAGAGUUAUUGAAGACAUGAAGAAACCUUAUUAACUGUAAAGCUGAUGGAACGUGAAGAUUAAAAGCAGUCAAUAUUCAUUCCAGAAAGGCUUAAUAGCAUCUUGUACAUUUAUCUCUUUC